AAUUUCAAAUAAAAUAUGUUUAAAGUCAUUUUCAAUUCAACAACAAAAUCAAUGUGUUCAAAUAUAAUAAUUUUUAUAAUUUUAACAAUCGCAUCAAUCACUGAAUUAUAUUCACGAAUAUUGAUUGAUGGAUUAUCACCACCUUGUUUUCCAUCAUCAAUAUUGAAUGGUGUUGAAGCUGUAAUAUUAAAUACAAAUCUACCAAGUCGUACAACAACUAUUGGUAAUAAACCAUCAAAACCACCAUCAACAAUGGGAAAAUAUCCACGAUUUAAUCAAAAUCAAAAUUCACAUUAUCAAAAUCGCUAUCAAACAUCGCCGAUUGAUGGUAGCCAAUCAUCAAUCGAUUUUUCUAAUGAACAAAUGAAUGAUGAAAGACGUCUGUUUAAUUAUCUAAUGAGAAAUUAUGAUAAUACAAUUCGACCAGUUAGAAAUGCAUCCAAACCAAUCAAUAUUCGUCUUGGCAUAACAUUGACACAGAUUUUUGAUUUGGAUGAAAAAAAUCAAGUUCUCACCACUAAUGUUUGGCUGGAUCAGGAAUGGAUCGAUGAAUUUCUUCAAUGGAAUUCAAGUGAAUUUGGUAAUAUCAGUAAAAUACGUAUACCAUGUCAAAGUAUUUGGCUGCCCGAUAUUGUUCUUUAUAAUAAUGCCGAUGAUUAUACACGUGGUUAUAUGAAUAGCCGUGCUAUUAUCGAACCAAAUGGAAAUGUAUUCUGGCCACCACCAACAAAAUUUCGUAGUACAUGUCAAGUUGAUGUUACUUAUUUUCCAUUCGAUGAUCAAAUAUGUUUAAUGAAAUUAGGUUCAUGGAUUUAUGAUGGUUUAACAGUUAAUAUUGAAAAUCGUACACAAAAUGUUGAUCUUUCAAAUUAUGUUUCGAAUGGUGAAUGGGAUCUUAUUGGAACAAAAUUAGUACGAAAUGUUGUUUAUUAUCCAUGUUGUUUUGAACCAUUUCCCGAUGUUACAAUAACAAUUAUAAUACGUAGAAAAAUACUUUAUUAUAUGUAUAAUGUAAUUAUACCAUGUAUUAUGAUGUCAUUAUUAACAUUAUUAGUAUUCUGUUUACCACCGGAAUCGGGUGAAAAAAUUGCACUUGGUGUUACUGUUUUAUUAGCAUUUUCAGUAUUUAUGUUAGCUAUUUCAGAAAAAUUACCUGAAACAUCUGAAUCGAUACCAUUAUUGGGUGUUUAUCUAACCGUUGUAAUGGGUAUUGCAUCAAUAUCGAUCGUUAUGACUGUUGUUGUAUUAAAUUUUCAUUAUUGUUCACCAAUAAAUAAACAUGAAUUACCUGAUUGGAUUAAAUCAUUAAUUAUAAAUGAUGAUAAAAAUAUUUAUAAUGAUUAUUAUAUGGCACGUUCAUUAUUAUCAACAACAACAACAAUAAAACAAACAACUGAUUCAAAUCCACAUUCACAUCAUCGAUAUCCGCAACAACAACAACAAUAUUUGAAUCCAAAUAUGAAUGAUGAAAUAUUCUAUUUACGAAAUAAUAAUCAACGAACGCCAUCUAUAAUCACUAAUAGUGGAAUACAAUUUUCAAAUUUAUUAGAUAAUAAUAAUGAUGAUAAAUCAUCAACAAUGGCAACUACAACCAAUAAUAAUAAUCGUCAAUUGCUCAAUACGAUAACACCGAUUUUAUGUGCCCAAACUGUUAAUCGUCUUAUGAAUGAUCGUCAAAAGAUGGCAGCAGCAGUAUCAGCAAAUAAUGAUGAAUAUUAUGCAGCAUCAAUGAAUAAUUGUCGACAUCGAUGUAAAAUUAAUCAACAGAAUUCGGAUUCUGGUGAUGUGGAUAAUCAUAAAAAUCCAUCCUAUCAUCAGCAUCAACAACAACCACCACCAGGACCAUCAUCUUCAUCAACAACAACAACAAAUCAAUCAGAUAUUGUUGGUUCACAGCAACAACAACAACAAAUCGAACAGGAAUUAAUAAAAAUGGUACGAUAUCUUAUACAUCGACAAGAAGUUGAUGAUAAUAUUGGUCGUCGUAUACAUGAAUGGCGUUUAUUAUCAAUGUAUUUGGAUAAAAUUCUAUUCUGGAUAUUUACAAUAACAACCGUCGUAACAUCGAUAAUUUUCUUAUUAAUUAUACCGAUAAAACGUCGUGGUUUUUAAAUUAAAAUCUUAAUUAAUUGUUUAUUUAAUU